AGCCUUGAGGAGCUCGUCAGAUCCGUCGAGCAUCACCACGAGCAGUACCUGCGCAGCCUCCACAGCUUCCACGAAGUUCUCAACCUCCAAAAGAAAGACGAUAACCGCAACAACAUCGUUCAAGGACUGGCAACUCCGCCUCUGCGCGCCCUCACCUUUACCAGCGAUGCCAACAGCAUCCUGCAAAUGCUGCCUCGCCUUCGCCGCGACACUCCCGACACCCACGAACGACCACCAUCAUGCUAUCCAACGCCCAAGUUCCUACCACUCACCCCAAACUUCCCAGCAAGCGGCGGCCACAUCAUUCCCGAUGACGAGAUUCCCUUUAUCCCUCUGCUUGAUCAGGCAUCCACCCAGGGGUCUCGCCAUCUACCCGCCGACGCAGCGACCAUUUCGUCGUCUCAUGUCCACCACAUAAUCACCCCGAUGAGCUUCUCAGACGACAUGCUCCUCAGACACCUCCAAGACUCGGAGUUCUGCGAAGAGUUCUCCGGCCUGCUGGAUGAUGAAGACGAGCCCCUGCGGCCGUGGGACAUUGACUCGCCCCAGUCGUUCCGCGAGUUUGCCGCUGUUGAGAGGGAGCGCUUUGGAAGCUCGACGUUUGAGGUGUAUGAGGUUGGGGAGGAUGCUCGAGCAGUCAAGACGAAUGUCGAUGUCGAGGUGCAGGGCUUUGUCAAAUACGUCGGCGAUGACUCCUCUCUAGAACCUGCUGACAAUAUUGUUGAUGCCCCGAUCGUGUGGGAAGCCAUCAAGGAUAUCAACCCCAGCGGCAAAGCCGUCGGUCGUAUCACUAUCGUUCAAGAGCCAACGCCUCUUAUGCUCGCCGCCUUACACCUCACCAUGUCACCUCACUUCGACAUGACGGAGCUUCUCCAUCACCUCCUUUCCGACGACCACAACCGCGGCCGAACUCACGCCUUCAUGCACCGCGCCUACGAACGAACCCCAUCAGCAUAUCCAUCCUCUCCAACGCUACCAUCCCUAGAUCCCUCCAACGGCAUCAAAGAGACGCCACCAGUCUCUUUCUCAUACCUCCGCCAACGGUCCUUCUUUUUCGUCUUCAAAUACUACACCCUCCUCGGCGAGGGCCUCGAUCCCGCUCCAUGGCAGCUCUACGAAAAGCGCCCUACGGACAAGCGCCUCGGCGACCACAUUGACAUUGCCGAGUGCGGCUCCGUCCUUGCGCUCUCUCUCGGCGGCGAGCCCACCAAGACGCUCAAGAUGAGGCCGCGCAGGGAACGAGCCAAAGAGGGCUUCCUGUUUGACACGUUUGGUCCAUGGCACCUUCUCAGCAUCCAGAGCUUCCCCGAUGAUGAGCAUACGGUCAGGGGAGAUGACUUUCAGCUCAAGAGCUUCUGCAAUGGGCCAUAUGCCUUCUUGGAACUACUCAUCGCCGAAUAUCGCGACGCCGGCAAGAGGAACCAGAUCUUACAUGAACGAAUCACCAAGCUCAUCACACCUCCUACAGAGUUCAUGUUCGACCACCGCCUCCGUGACAAGCUCCUCUUCGAAGACAAGCACUUCACCUACAUCCGCCGCUACUUCUGGGCCUACAACACCCUCGCCGUCAUCAACACGGGCAUCAAGGCCAUGAUCGCCGCCUACGUCGACACCUUCACCGACGACUUCUGGGCCGGCUCGCACCCGCUCCUCUGGCCUCACCCGUCCCCGCCGCAGUCCCCCGACGCCAUUGAGUACGCCGCCAAGAUGGCCGUCUUGCGCAGGGAGCUCGACAAGGUCGUCAGCGAUCUGGGCGAGGUGCUCAAGCGCAACGAGCGCACGAGGAAGGAGAUUGAGAACCUGAGAGACCAGCUGUUCAGCGGGAGCUCCAUCAAGGAGAGCAGGAGGGCCAUUGAUCAGGGUGACAAUAUUCGCAUUCUGACCAUGAUCAGCAUGCUCUUCUUGCCCCUGACAUUCGUCACUUCCGUCUUCGGUAUCACAGAAUUCACCAUCCCGGUGACAGACUGGCGCUUCCCCCUUACCAUGGUGCUCGUGAGCGUCCCCUUCAUGAUCCUCCUCUACCUCAUCGAAACCCGCCCCUUCGUCCAGUGUCUCCGGGCGCUUCGCCGCACCGCUCACGCUCUGCCUCUCCUUCCUACUCGUCUCAUUCGU